CUUUCUAGUUAAUUAUUUUAUGGUUAAAACCAUAUAAUACAAACUGAAUUAGGUAAAUUUUUGAAGGUUUGUUAAAAUUUGUUAGACACGUUUUCAAAAGUGUUUCAAAGUGGAUAAGUUGCUAUUACGAAAGAAUGUCCUAAGAAGUUUAUAAAACCUACAUAUGCCUAAAAGAUAAUAGUAGAUUUUAUAAGAAUUUAUUAUAAGCAAGUAAAGAGGGAUAAAGUUAUAUUUACCGUUAAAAACAUGUCACGUAAACGUUCAGAUAUCACGAGAGAAGCUAUUGCAAAACAAUUUGUCUUGCCCGAAAGACAAUCUAAAAUAGAUACGCUGUUAAGGCAAGAUGGUCAAGCAUAUUGCAUUUGUAGAUCAUCAGAUUCUUCCAGAUUUAUGAUAGCCUGUGAUGCUUGUGAAGAAUGGUAUCAUGGCGAUUGCAUAAAAAUAUCAGAAAAAGAAGCAAAAUUAAUUAGACAAUAUUUUUGUAUUCGAUGUCGAGAAGAAGAUCCCACUUUACAAACCCGGUGGAAGACCAAACGUGAAAGGGAGGAUUCUGUUCCGGCUCCUACCCCACAAGUGUCAGUGGAAAAAAAGUCAAAAAAGCGUAAAGAGAGAUACCAACGUGAAGUCAAAGCAGAUAAAAAGGUUAAAAAAUGUGGAGAGUGCAUGGGUUGCUACAGAACAGAGGAUUGUGGUCGGUGUGAUGUAUGUACAAGAAAAAAUAAAUACAGUUCAUCAAAAACCAAAGAAAGAUGCAAACAAAGGAUUUGUGUUAAUGCUCAUGCAGGAGGAUCACGAAGGAAAAGAAAAGAUUCUAUGUCUGAUGCAGAACAAACAUACAAUGAACAUUUAAAAACCGAUUACCCGAGGCAGUGUUAUGGCCCAAAAUGUAUCAGAAGUGCACGGUAUGGGUCAAAAUACUGCUCAGAUCAAUGUGGCAUGAAUUUGGCUAAAACAAGAGUGCUGCAAGUUCUUCCACAGAGACUUCAAGAAUGGGCUUUGUCUCCUUCAAUGGCGGAAGAGAAGAAUAUUAAAGCAUUAGAUCAAGUAAGAAAACAGCAACUGGAAGUUCGACAAAUUCUUCUUGAACUGGACAAACGUCAUCGUGAAAUCGAUUACUUGAUUGAAAGAGCCAAAAAUGCUACUAUUGAUGUUAAUCUUGAGAACGAUCUCGAACGAGAUGAAGAGAGUUCAAUGUAUUGUGUAACUUGUGGACACGAAAUCCAUUCCAAAACAGCUAUCAGGCACAUGGAAAAAUGUUUUAAUAAAUAUGAAGCUCAAGCAUCAUUUGGAAGUAUUUUUAAAACUAGAAUAGAAGGUAAUAAUAUGUUCUGUGAUUUUUUCAAUUCCUCAAACAGAACGUAUUGUAAACGUCUAAGAGUUCUGUGUCCAGAGCAUUGUAAAGAUCCAAAAAUACAAGAUCAUGAAGUGUGUGGAUGUCCUUUAGUAACGAACGUUUUCUCACCAACUGGCGAUUUUUGUAGAGCACCUAAGAAAUCUUGUACAAAACAUUAUGUAUGGGAAAAGUUAAGAAGAGCUGAGGUUGAUCUGGAAAGAGUUCGCCAGUGGUUAAAGAUGGAUGAAUUGUUAGAAAAAGAACGGCAAAUAAGAUCAAACAUGGCAAAUAGGGCUGGGGUCCUUGCAUUGAUGCUACACAGUACAUACAACCACGAAUUAAUGGAAUGUAUUAAGAAAGCUCAAGAUGAAGAGAGUAUUCGCCGAGUAAUGGAAAAUAGACAGAAUAUUUAAUUUAAUACUGCUAUUUAGUAUAAUGCACACGAAUUACUUAAUUAUAAUAUUUGAAUGACUUUUGUUGUACUUGGUUCCUCAAUUUAUAUCGGACAUAAAAAAAUAAAUCAGUUAUUAGUCAAUAUUG